ACCCUCCCUUUGCACAAUCCCUUUGUUUGCUUUUCUAAUUUUCUUCGACUUCAAGUUUUUUAUUCCUUUUUGCUAGUAAGUUGAGCAGUGCUAGUUCAACAACUUCACACCUUCCUCAAACCCUUCUUAGGUUCUCAAGUUUUCACCAUGUAUCUGCAUUUUCUCACCUCCUAGAGUUCUCCCACAUUCCUGUUUUUUGUUAUCCUGUUCUUCACCGGUUUCCAGUUCUUUUUCAAACGUUAAUUCUUGAAGGUGAAGUUGGCAUUGAGAAGCUGAUGAUCAAAUGAGGACAUCAAAAAUUUCUUCAUGGAAUUCAGGCUAUCAUGCAUGGAUUCUUGCUUUUGCAAUGACUCUACUGAUACUGAUUGCCUUGUCGAAGUCAUGGUUUUAUGAUCACGCUUCUGCUACUGCAAGUGAGGAUUUGCAGUACUUUUCAGUGAUUGUCCCUUCAAAAGGGCGGGACUAUCCUCCUGUUCUUGCUUAUUGGAUAUGUGGUACUAAUGGAGAUGGGAAGAGAAUGUUAAGGCUAUUAAAAGCAAUUUAUCAUCCAAGGAACCAAUAUCUAUUGCAACUUGAUGCUGAAUCCUCAGAUUAUGAAAGGGCAGAGUUAGUUGUUUCAGUUCAAUCUGAAAGUUUGUUUCAAGCAUUUGGUAAUGUUAAUGUUGUUGGAAAAGGUUAUGCUAUCAACGAAAUGGGAUCGUCUGCUCUUGCUGCCAUACUCAACGCUGCUGCAUUGCUUCUUAAGCUGAGUGCAGAUUGGGAUUGGUUCAUCAAUUUAAGUGUCUCAGACUAUCCUCUAAUCUCCUCCAUGCCUUCACUUCCUUGCCAAGAGAUCUCAACUUCAUCAACUAUACUAAUGACACUGCAAAAAACGAAAGCAAUGGCUGUUGAAUUGAUUUGGUGCAGGAUACACAAGAUUAACCAAAUUGUUGUAGACCCCAGCUUACAUCUUCAGAAGAGUAGCCACCUUUAUUACGCUGUUGAGACUCGAACAACACCUGAUGCUUUCAAGAUAUUUGGAGGUUCACCCUGGCUGAUUCUUUCAAGAGCUUUCAUGGAGUACUGUGUCCAAGGAUGGGACAACCUUCCAAGAAAACUACUAAUGUACUUCAGCAACACGGCAUCCCCACUUGAAUCGUAUUUCCACUCUGUCCUCUGCAACUCUCCUGAGUUUCAAAACACAACAGUAAGCAAUGAUUUAAGGUACAAUAUUCUGGAAACUACUACAGAUGGGGAAUCACCUUAUGACAAAAUGCUAAAUGGUGGAGCAGCAUUUGCAAGGCCAUUUAAAGAAGAUGCUGCUGCACUAAACAUGAUAGAUGAGAAUGUCUUGAACCGUGAACCCAAUGGAUUGGUGCCUGGAAAAUGGUGCUUAGACCAAGGUCAGAACAAGAGCUCAGAGGCAUCAAAGCCUCCAGGGGAGGAUUUGUGUUCAACUUGGGGUAACAUUAAUGAUGUCAAGCCAGGAUCUUAUGGUAUCAAGCUUGCAUUUUUAUUGUCUAAGAUUGCCAGUGAAGAGAAAUUGACAACUAGUCAAUGCCUUCAAGCUACAAAAAUGGGGUCAUCAUAGAACCAAGCAUACAUCCUUGUGUGGAUAAUUUUUUUCUUUUAAUCGAAAACUAUAGGUUAAAUCAAGCUUCUUAGCCAUAUGAAUCCUUUGCUAAAUGCACUAUAAAGGCGUACUUGCUUGUUAGAACAAAAGCUAGAAGCACCCAGUGAUAUAUUGUACAUACAUUCACAUUUUAUCGAGGAUUUCUACAAUAAACUCAUUGUUUUUCCCUUA